AUGCCACACACAAAGACCCCCAUGGACAAGUUCUACGACGAAUACAACCGCUGGCACAAGAAUGAGCUUGACGCCAUUAACCCAGACCGAGGCGUCUCGAUCUGGUUCAUGAACAACACGGACCAGGAAUUAACCUGGUCAGACUCAGGAGUCGACCACGGCGAGCGAAGCAAACUGGCACCCGAUACAAUCGCUCCUUGGAAAUGGGGGAGAUGGGCAUUGGAGUCUUCUGGAUUCCAGACUGGAUGUGAGGGCUGGAUGACAUGGGUAUUCAGCGAUGGAACCAAGGUCGAACUGGGAUAUAAUAACCCGUACUAUGGGUCUAAUUCUUAUUCCUGCAGUGUCGGUUCGAGUUCAUUCACUAUCCGCAGGGAAGGGGGAGAUGGAAAUUGCGCUAUUGUUAACUUUAUUCUAAGCCGAAGUUGA